CUGGUUUCUGUGUUCAGGAAGUGAAACUCACACAGUCACUUUGACUGAGAGCAUAAAUGGAGCAGAAUCAGCUGGACAGAGAAACCGUCUCCAGUCCGAUCUGUCUGGAUCUACUGAAGGAUCCGGUGACGAUUCCCUGUGGACACAGCUACUGCAUGAGCUGUAUUAAAACCCACUGGGAUGAAGAGGAUCAGAGGAGAAUCCACAGCUGCCCUCAGUGCAGGGAGACGUUCAUACCAAGACCUGUUUUGAAGAAAAACACCCUCUUAGCAGCUUUAGUGGAGCAAUUAAAAAAGACUGGACUCCAAACUGCUCCUGCUGAUCCCCGCUAUGCUGGACCUGAAGAUGUGGCCUGUGAUUCCUGCACUGGAAGAAAACUGAAAGCCAUCAAGUCCUGCUUAGUCUGUCUGGCCUCUUUCUGUGAGAAACACCUUCAGACUCAUUAUGAUGUGGCUCCUUUAAAGAAACACAAGCUGGUGGAGCCGUCCAACAACCUCCAGGAGAACAUCUGCUCUAAGCACGAUAAGUUGCUGGAGAUCUUCUGCCGCACUGAUCAGAAGUGUAUCUGUUACCUCUGCACUAUGGAUGAACAUAAAGGCCAUGAGACAGUCUCCGCUGCAGCAGAACGAACUGAGAGGCAGAAGAAACUCCAGGAGAGACGAGGAAACAUCCAGCAGAGAAUCCAGGACAGAGAGAAAGAUGUGAAGCUGCUUCAACAGGAGGUGGAGGCCAUCAAUCACUCUGCUGAUAAAACAGUGGAGGACAGUGAGAAGAUCUUCACCGAGCUGAUCCGUCUCCUCCAGAAAAGAAGCUCUGAUGUGAAGCAGCAGAUCAGAUCCCAGCAGGAAACUGAAGUGAGUCGAGUCAAAGAUGUUCAGGAGAAGCUGGAGCAGGAGAUCACUGAGCUGAAGAGGAAAGAUGCUGAGCUGGAGCAGCUCUCACACACAGAGGAUCACAGCCAGUUUCUCCUCAACUACCCCUCACUGCCAGCACUCAGUGAGUCUAAAGGCUCAUCCAGCAUCAACAUCCGUCCUCUGAGACACUUUGAGGACGUGACAGCAGCUGUGUCAGAGCUCAGAGAGAAACUACAGGACGUCCUGAGAGACUCAUGGACAAACAUCUCACUGAAAAUCACUGAGGUGGAUGUUCUACUGCCAGAACCAGAACCAAAGAGCAGAGCUGGAUUCUUAAAGUAUUCAUGUGAAAUCACCCUGGACCCAAACACAGUACACACACAGCUGGGCCUGUCAGAGGGGAACAGGAAGGUGAUGAGGAUGAAUCAACAUCAGCUUUAUUCUGCUCAUCCAGACAGAUUCACUGAUUAUUCUCAGGUUCUGAGCAGAGAGAGUCUGACUGGACGGUGUUACUGGGAGGUGAAGUGGAAAGGAUUUGGGGUUUCUGUAGGGGUCGCACACAAGGACUGGGAGAUGGGAAUGAAUGUAGAUUUGGAUAUAAUGACAGAUCUUGGGCUUUACUGUGUUUCCAAACAGAUUUUGAAUUUGUUCACAACAGUUUAGAUUAUAGUUUUGUCUUGCUUCUGCCCUGGUUCCUUUUUGCGUCUUAUCUCGUUUUGCCUCCGGUCUCAUACUGCUUCUUUCUUGCUUCCGGUCUUGUUUUGUAUUGUCUAGUCUUGGGUCAAUUCAAGUCUUGGUUUUGGUCGUGCUUUGCUUUUGGUCUUGUUUGUCCUUUGGUUUGGUCCUUUUAUUUUGCUUCCGGUUUUAUUUCUCCCCUUCAUGGGCUGCCACCUUAUCGUGGUGGAGGGGUUUGAGUGACCCAGAGAUCCUGUCAGGGGCUUCAUGCCUCUGGGUCGGAUCUGCUGUGUCAAACGUCUCCUAGGUGAGGGAUCGGACCAAGAGCAGCCCGAAGACGACUAAGAAAUGUAGACAGAUGUCCAGGUUUCCCCAGUGUCUUAAAGCUUUCGGGCCACAGGGCUUUAUGUUCCCCCUCCAGGCUAAACUAUUUGGAAAGUCUUCCUUUAAAAGGCAAGUUCUCAUGUCCACUGUCACAAGAAUCCUCAAUAGCAUUGCUUAAGGUUACUUUUAACCAAUUUGCAUAAUUUGUGCAGUUUUAGAAAAACACAGCAGACUAUGUGAAGAUAGGUGGCCUGAUAUUUUUUCACAGCAACAAGAACAGAUCAUGGAUUCACUCCAUGCAUGAAAAACACGUUAGGC